ACGUGGGGACGCGACCUGCACAUGCCUCGACAAGCCAUGAUGGACGUACCAGGUGGAGGGACCGACGCAAAUGAGAAGUUCAUUCAAACGCUCAUGGUCAUCACGAGCGUUUUGUCCAUGACGGGCUGCGUCUUCAUCAUCACAAGCUACAUGUGGAAACAGUAUACCCACGACAAGCGCGACUUCACGGCCAAGAUGGUGCUCGUCAUGUCCAUCAUCGAUUUUCUAGACGCAGGAUUCAAGCUGUUUGGAACGCUCGGGUACACGCGACCUUGGCUGUGCAAUGUCCAGGGCUUUGUUAUGAACGCGGCGGGCGUGUCUGGUGUGACGUGGCUGGCGUGCAUGGCGUUCACGUGGUACCGCUGGAUUGUCCGACGCGACGACGACCAACGGCUCCACCGGUGGUUUCGAACGUUUUGCGUCGUCAGCUUCGUGCCGUCGGCCGUCGAGUCGUUGUACUUGGUGGCGGCAGACAAGUACGGUCCCGCGGGGUUUUACUGCUGGAUCGGGGACGCGUACGGCACCUCACGCAUCUACUUUUUCUUCACGUGGGUGUUCGCCGCCGCCGCGGGCAUCAUGACGCUGGCUUUCCUCGUCGGCCUGGACGUGUACAAGCGCCAGAAAUCGCAAGACAACCAAGAAGCGGCGAGGGCGUCGUCGCUCAUUUUUAGCAAGUUGUCGGCAUAUGUGGGCAUUUUUGUCGUCGUGUGGGGACCGUGCAUUGUCAACCGACUGGUUCAGUUCUUUCGAGGCGAAUCCAUCUACGAGCUGUUUGUCGUGCACAUUUCGUUUAACAAUUCCCAAGGACUGCUGAAUGCGAUAGUGUACGGGGGGGUCGUGCAAGCGGUGCGCCGGUUGGUUUUUGGCGUCGACACACGAGGCAGCGGCACUCGCAUGACCAACAACUGCAGCGAAUUGUCCACCUCGUUCAUCAGGGACGACGUGCCCGGUGUAACCAUCUCGGUUUUUGCAACUACGUUUAACCUUGGCGAAGGCAACGCCCCGGACGACAUGGCGCAGUGGAUUCCCCUUGGCCACGACGUGUAUGUGAUUGGGGUGCAGGAGUGCUUGCACUUGACCGAACUGCGCGCGGCCGUCAAAGGGUUCCUCGAGCGCUGCACCCACACAACGUUUGCCGAGUACAGCCGCGAUAUCGGAUCCAAGAACACCGUGUUGGGGUACCACGGGUUCAUUGGGAUCGCAGUGUUUGUGCCCGAGACGGACGUGGACAAUGGCAACUUUUACAUGCCGACUCCGUCGACGUCCGAAGUGAAUUGCGGCAAGACGCUCAACUUUCGAACGUCCAACAAGGGCGGCGUCGGGUUUGCGUUUCGGUACUUGGACACGUCGAUUGCCGUCGUGUCGUGCCACCUGUCGUCCGACUCGAAGGGUAAGUCCAACAUGGAGCGGCGCAACGAAGACGCGACGCUCAUUUGGCAGUCGCUCCACCUCAGUGGGGACGCCAUGGGCGUCGAGUUUCCGUCGCUCCACCACCACACGAUCGUCAUGGGGGACCUCAACUACCGCCUCACGCGGUUCCACGCAUCCCCCCACGAGGUCGUGGACCUCGUCGCACACGCCCUGUCCCAGAAAAAGUGGCCGCUCCAGCAACGGCUUUCGGCCCAGUCGCCACCGGAUUCUUCUGGGAUGACCAUCUUGUCGUCGUUCCCCCCGGUGCCCCAGCUCCCGUUGGCGGGCUCCCCGUCCAGCGUGUCGUCCAGCCACCACCACCUCUCGUCGACACCGCCCGAUCGACGGACCCGCUUCCACCGACGGACGGUGGGGGCUUGGACCCCCGUGCUCAAGCACGACGAACUGCUCAUGUGCAUGGAGGAUGGCUUGGCAUUUGCCGGGUUUGACGAGGCCGUGAUCACGUUUCCCCCGACGUUUCGGCGCCUGCGACAUACGUCUUUGCUCACGUCAUGUGAUGUGGCGUCGGCCUAUUCGUUGGAAGCGGCCAACGGCGGCGGCCCCCGCGUGCCUUCGUACACUGACCGCAUCUUGUAUCACUCGCUGGCGGAUGUCGAGGGCGACCUGGAAUGCACCGAGUAUCGAUGCCAUGAAAGCAUCGACGUGUCCGACCACAAGCCAGUGAGCUGUGUGUUUCACAUCACGACCAAGGCACAUCGCUUCCCGCUCCCAUCGCCGCCGCCGCCGCAUGCGCUGGACGGAACGGCCAUGGUGGAAGAGGACGACCGUGUGCGCGACGUGGUGCUGGAAGUGCCUGACGAUGGAGAUCGGCACUGGCUCGACCGGGCCUCCAUGACGGGUGUACAAGGAGUCCGGGAAUGCAUCAUCGUGCUCAACCAACUGCGAUGGAUGCCGACAAAGAAGCCGUCGGACGUUCGCCGCGGCAGUAGCGAUGACAUUCUGUCGCAGAAAUGGGAUGACCCGAAGCAAUAUGCAGACAUUGAGUUAUGCACGUUGUUUCCAUUGCCCUUGGAAGAUAUCUUUGCGGAGCAGCGAAAGGUAACACAACUCUCAUGGAUGGCGUGCGAACGACGUGCAUCGUAGCUGCAUCAAUUGGCCGCGUCAUGGCGUAUGGGACUAGUCGGCGGGUCGUCAGCGGACGGGCGCUCCAAGUACCUGAAUCAUAUGCGGGUGCCCUGGAUGUCAGUGCGCGAGAAAGGAGUCGUCCAUCGAUGUUUCGCGCAGGCCAAGCGGCAUAUGCACAUUGCGCUCGACAUUCGCGGCCCCACCAUGAGCCUCGGUCAGUGUGCGCUUAGCUUAGAUGCGGCUUUCGUGAAGCUCAAUGUCCACAUGCCGUUUGAGGAGGCGCUGUCCACAGGCGGGAUCAAGGCGGGCGUACUCAAGGGACGAGUCAUGUUUUGCAUGGUGUGACCAGGCAUCAAGUUUUUUGUAACAGAGGUGUAUCCGGAUA